AUGUUUCGAGCUCGCCGAUACCGAGUCCUGGUCGUGUUCGCGGCGGCUGUUGUAUUCACCUUCUUCCACUUCGCGCGGUCACGCGAUUGGAGCUAUACAGUGAUUGAAGAGUCUGCUGACGUUCAUACCCCCGGUCUUGCCCAUCCGAAUCAACCCGCAACACCAAAACCUGAAAAUCUGGCCGCUACUGCCGCCAUCGAGGAGAGUAGAAACCGUGUGCUUCCGGAUCCCUACCGCGGCUCCACCUCUCCCCCACCACCAGAGAAGAUAAACUCGCCCGUGGGUCCCCACAGCAGCUCAAAUGAUGGCAGCAAUCAGCCUAAAGGUGCCUCCUCUGCCACUCCGCCAGUGAAACCACCCGUCAAAGAUGACCUGAAGGACUCCGCGAAGGAACCAUCGAAGGUGGAGAGCACCAGCAGCUUGCCCCCACUGACAAAGGAGAAUAUCAAUAGUGAAAAUGGGGAGGAGAUUGAUAAUGGAGGGACGGGCAGAAGGGCAGCUGAGCGCCCUGGACCUGGCGUUCCAACGACUAAGUGGAGAAAGUUCCCAGAACGGUUCCCCGUCCCUGCAGAGGAGGUGAUCAAGCUGCCAAAGGAACAAUCGAAAACAAUACCCAAGCUGCAAGCGAAAUUCAAGGAUGAGACGAGCUCCGAUAAGCAAGAGCGUCUACAACGGCUUAGCGUCAUCAAGGCCGAGUUUACGCAUGCCUGGCAAGGUUAUAAGGAGAUUGCGAUGGGACAUGACGAAGUCAAGCCUCUAUCGAAAGAGUUCGAAGACCCAUUCAACGGCUGGGGAGCGACAUUGGUUGAUUCUCUUGAUACUCUCUGGAUUAUGCAAUUGAAGGAUGAAUUUUUCGAGGCUUUGGAUGUGAUCAAGAACAUUGAUUUCAAAACAUCGCCGAGAGCAGAUAUUCCGAUAUUUGAGACAACCAUCCGCUAUCUUGGAGGUCUUUUGGGUGCCUACGACAUUUCUGGUCAUAGAUACCCGGUGCUUUUGGAGAAAGCAGAGGAGCUUGCUGAGGUUCUCAUUGGUGCCUUUGACACGCCCAACCACAUGCCACACCUUUACUAUCGCUGGGCCCCAGAGUAUGUUGCGAAACCACAUCGGGCGUCUUCCCGAGCUGGCCUGGCUGAAAUUGGCUCCCUUUCCUUGGAAUUUACCCGUUUGGCCCAAUUGACCAAGCAGGACAAAUACUAUGAUGCCAUUGCACGGAUUACCAAUGAAUUGGAGAAAAUACAAGAUUCAACUAGCAUCCCUGGACUGUGGCCUCUACGGGUCAAUGCACAGGGAUGUCCCAAAUAUUCCAAGAACACGUCUCCGCGCAAUAGCAGCCCUACGCGCGAGGAGCCUGCCGCUAGUACGACUGAGAGCACUAGUACACUGACCCAUAAGAGUUAUGCUGCACCGACAGACCUCGAGAGUUAUUUGAAGCUGCUCCCACGCGACACAAAAGUGGGCACCCAAGGAUAUGCUCAAGCUGCCAACCAUACACGACCUGCGAGUGAACCUGAAAUUCAGGCACGCGAGCAAAACACACUAUCAGCAGAUCAAUGCAAUGGCGGCUUGGGACUUCCCAAUUCACCCCGUGAUAAUGCAUACACCAUGGGAGGAAUGGCUGACUCGACCUACGAAUACCUGCCUAAAGAAUACCUCCUGCUAGGUGGCUUGAACGAGCAAUACCUGAAUAUGUAUAAAAAGGCAGCCACUGCAGCCCGAAAGACUCUUCUCUUCCAGCCCAUGGUUAAGGCUGGACGUGAUAUCCGGUUCAUGGCCUCAACUUCUUCAAUGACACCUGGAAAGAUCGCAGAGCUCACCCCCACUGAUUUUGAAUACGAAGGCACUCACCUGACAUGUUUUGUCGGCGGUAUGUUCGCUAUAGGGGCCAAGGCCUUUGGCAUCGAUGGUGAUCUGGAACUCGCAGCCAAACUGACCGACGGCUGCGUUUGGGCUUACGAGUCGACACAAACUGGACUGAUGCCUGAACGCUUCCGUCUCUUGCCCUGUGAGAAAGGCUCGGCCUGCGAGUGGGAUCAAGCCCGCUUUGAGGCUGGCGUGGCACGAUACUCGCGAGUAGACUCCAAGGCAGGACAUACGUUCCGCACUGGUCAGAGCAGCUACGAACAGCGUGUGAAUAUGAUUUCGCACAAUCCACCGCCGGAAUCCGCAAGCGGGUCGGCGGUUCCUAUCCCUAUGCCGGGAUCAUUAAACCCCCACGAUGGAGAUGUGUUGGCCAAGCGCGCGGAAGCAUUGUUCAUUGCUUCGGAACCGACUUCUACUCUCAGUGCAGCUGAACUGCAGAAUCGAGAUGCACCUCGUUCAUCUUCAUCACCCGCUUCGCCUCACCUCGCCGAAGUUGGCAAAGACCAUCUCCCAUCAGGCAUGACUAGUAUCCCAUCACCGAACUACUAUCUUCGGCCAGAAGCGAUUGAGUCGGUCUUUAUCAUGUACCGCCUAACUGGUGACGAAUCCUGGCGUCGCAAGGGGUGGCAGAUGUUCGAGGCCAUCUCGAAGUAUACACGAACCGAGCUGGCCAACGCGGCCAUCCAUGAUGUCACAGCCCAGAAACCGAUCCAUAAGGAUACAAUGGAGUCUUUCUGGCUAGCUGAGACGUUGAAAUACUUCUACCUUUUGUUCAGCGACCCUACUGUCGUGGACUUGGAUAAAUAUGUUUUGAAUACCGAAGCGCAUCCAUUCCUGCGCCCGGUUGCAUAA